AUGGCCCUUGAUUUGGAUAUGCAUGAACUAUUGGUUAUGGGAGAUUCUGACUUUCUUAUCAGGCAAGCCCAAGGUGAAUGGGAUACUCGAGACAUCAAGCUUAUUCAAUACAGACAAUGUGUACGAGACCUGAGCAAGAGAUUCAAAUCCAUCGAAUUCAGGUACAUUCCCAGGUUUCAAAAUGAGCUAGACGACGCCUUGGCUACCUUAGCCUCGAUGCUCCCUUAUCCAGGCAAUACCCAUAUUGAUCCACUGCAAAUCCAAAUUCAGAAUCAACAUGGCUACUGCAAUACUAUUGAGACAGAACCAGAUGUUUAUGGAACUGAAGCUAUAAUACCGACUGAAGUUGAAAUUCCCUCUCUCCGAAUCAUUGUGGAAUCAGAGAUUGAAUACACCGAGUAG